AUGGCGGAGAGGGUGAGGAGGCUGGCGUCGGAGCGCGCGGUGGUGAUCUUCGGGAUGAGCAACUGCUGCAUGUGCCACGUGGUGAAGACGCUCUUCCAGGAGAUGGGCGUCAGCUGGACGGUGCACGAGCUGGACAAAGACCCCCGCGGGAAGGACGUUGAGAGGGCGCUCGCUGGCAUGGUCGGCCGGAGCCCGCCCGUGCCGGCCGUCUUCAUCGGUGGUGCGCUCGUCGGCCCCACCGACAAGGUCAUGGCGCUGCACCUCGGCGGCCAGCUCGUGCCGCUCCUACGCCAGGCCGGCGCCCUCUGGCUCUGAGCUAGACAGCCCCAUACAAAUGCAUGGCUGAUGCGCAUGGAGUACUAGCUUGCAGUUACAGAGUUAUACUACAGUACUACGUACACUACAUGUGAUCACAAUAUGAGA